AUGAGGUCGAUAUUCGCCCUUUUGGGCUUGGCGACCGCCUGCUCGAAGGACUCGGGGAGUCUCUUCGGCUGGACUGUCGACGAUCUCGAAGUUGAAGUAGAUAACCUCAAGACAAGAGCUGACUCUUCAGAAAACGAUAUCGCAGCUCUACGAUCUACAGUUGACUCUCUUACGAAGAGAAUCGAGGGAAUCGAAGGAUCACUCGCAUGCCCAGCUGGUUCAACUCUUGACACAUGUAAAUGCUCUGCUGGCUCUAUCUCCCUCCCAUGGGUUAACAACGGAGGAUGCGUUGACGAAUCCGCAUAUGUCUGCCAGCAAGAGAAGAAGAACUACAACAACUGGCGACUCCCUCGAACUGCCGAUGGCAAAGCUGUCACUCAGCCUUCCCAUUACAAUGUCAAGCUUCAUCUUCCCGGUCUGUACGAAGAAGAUAAAAUUGAUGGUGCGUUUCAUUUUUCUGGCGAAACCGAACCCUAUGUGAAGCCAAAAGUGUCUAGGGUAAUCUUAACUGUUGGCGGCGUUGACGUCCCUGUCACAUUUAAUCUGAACGCGGAGUACCAAUACCUGACAGUCUAUUUGGAUCACAAAAUUACUGCCGGCUCUGAAGUGAGCGCGAUUGUUCACUACGAGAAUGAAAUUCCUACUGGAACUAAAGGUCUUUAUUUGUCGCACUACACUAACCCCGCUGGACAGAAGCGAUAUCUCCUUGCAACGCAGUACGAGUCAACUGCUGCUCGAAUGACAUUCCCAUGCUUCGAUGAACCAGAUCUCAAAGCCACCUUUGAUUUUGAGAUAAGCUACAUGUACAAAGAAUAUACAGCAAUCUUCAAUAUGGAUCCAGCAGGACCACCAACACAAGUCGGGGACAGAUACACCGUCAAAUAUCAGCGAACAAUGAAGCUUCCGACGUAUCUCCUUGCCAUGCUCAUUUCCGACUUCAAUCUUGAAUCUUCGGGCGUAAGCGCUGAUGGAGUCAAAGUUCGAAUUCUCGGUCGACCUGAGUGGGCAAAUGAGACAAAAUGGGCUUUGGAAGAUACUCUCGCAGUCGUUGAUGGUCUUUCCGAAAAAUUCGGCUACAAGUAUUGCGAUUCUUUCCCAGGAUCAGCUGGGGCUAACGGUAACUGCAAGUCGGAUCAAGCCAGUAUUCCUCAAUUCGGUGCUGGUGCAAUGGAAAACUGGGGUCUUAUUACUUACAGAGAAUAUUACAUGCAUAUUGAUCAAGCUCGUGAUCCCUUCCGAAGAAAGUACUACUCUACAUCUAUCAUCGGUCACGAGCUCAUCCAUCAGUGGUUCGGUAAUUUGGUAACAUGCCCUUGGUGGGAUGAAAUUUACAUCAACGAGGCUUUUGGGUCAAUCGGUGGCUAUCUUGGAUUAAUUUAUUCGAAGAGCCACGAAAAGAUCAACUACCAGUGGGAAGACGAGUACUUGAUCGAUGAAGGUUACAGAGGCAUGUACACUGACGGAACCGCUCUCUCCCGACCGAUGGUGAAUAAUGUCAACAAUGGCGAGCUCAAGGUUGAGACUCCCCAAGAGUGCUCCAAUCAAUUCGACAAUAUCGCCUAUCCAAAAUCUGGAAGCGUCAUGCUCAUGAUUCGAGCUGUUCUUGGUGAUGAUCUCUGGACAGAAGGACUUCGAAACUACCUACAAAUGAUGAAAUUCGAUGUCUCCACUGGUGACAAUCUUUUGACUUUCUGGGAUGGCGUCGUUAAUGAUCAAGUGAAAGCAGAAAAACUCGGAGGAAUGACUCCAUCAGAGGCUUUCGAGCCGUUCUUCAAACAAAUGGGCCUUCCGGCACUUAAGAUUAACGAGUUCUACGACGAACUUGGAAACUUGAAAAUCUCCGUGUCGUCGAGUCGUUAUUUGAAUACCAAACAUAAUAAACUCCACCCCUCAAGUUCGUUUAAAUACAUCUGGAAUGUCCCGGUCGUAUUUCGGGAGAAUGGCGUCGACACCUUCCACUGGAUCAAAGCUGGUGAAACGAACCAAGUUUACGAGUUCGAUAUCUCUGAAAAUACAGUCAUUGACCCAGAGUCAAAUAUCUGGAUGAGAAUCAACUUCAACCAACAAUACAUCGACCGCGUUACCAACUUGACUGGAAAACGUCAAGCCAGAUCAAUUUCAAAAAUGAUCCGUGAUCACAUGACUUUCCUGACCGAAGAAACUCGAGAUGAGUAUGAUGUGGAUCUUGAAAAAGUACUGUCUUUGCUUGCAUUGAUCGAUCCUACUGAAGAAGUUUCGGAUAAGAAGAUAAGAUGGGGACAAUGGGCUGAGCUCUCUCAAUUAAUGAACAGCAAAGUCUGGAAUGUAUUCAUCGCUUACCUUUCAAAUGUCGACGCGGGAACAGUCGAAGAAGAUCUUUACAAGACUUUCACAGGUCAUAUUCAGAGCCUCGUCAGUUUCUGGAAGACAGAUGGUCUCUAUCCAGAUGUUCAACUUAACGAUCCUGCUGAAGACAAAUGGUAUGGAGACUGGUCAAGACUCAACCAGUUCCUACUUCCUCUUGCACGUCGAUUCGAUUCCGCUGCUUUCGCCGUUGAUGCUAUUGAUUAUAUAAGACCCGUGGUUUCUGGUUCUAAUGACUUUAUGGAGUUGUCCCCUGACUCAAGAGCUGAUUCCUUCUAUGCUGCCGUCCAAGCAGGCAAUCAGGAUACGAUUCAAUUUGCCCUUAAUAAAAUCAACGAAGCUGUUGACAAUGGAAUGGACAUCAAUUACAUCAGAUUGUGCAGAAGUACUGACAGCGCUAGCUCUGUAUCCGUCGGCCUCUACACUGGCGACUGCCGAGAAAAUGUUUACUUUAUCGCGUUGAGUUUCUCAAAGGAUAUCACAACUGUUGCUGAUAUCGCGUCAAAACUGCCCAAAGAUCUCGUUGGAUAUUACUACAUCAAUGUUGCUGCGCGAGAUGACAUGGCAGUAUCUGUUACUCGCCAUAUUCAGAGCCAGUCUGCAAUGGACAUUGAGAAAAAUUGGGUUUCAGGUCAAUUUACUAGCUUUGUCGAGACUUCUUGCAACUACUUUUCGACGAUGGAGCACAGGCAACUUCUCCGAGAAUGGUCGAACAAAGCAUGGAACGCGGAGUUCCGAAGCAGCCUGUCAGCUUCGCUCACAAUUUGCCAAAAUACAAUAACAGCUAACGAAGAGCUAAUGGAUCUUCACUACGAAUCAUUUACAAGAUUCUACUGCAAAAUGGACACUCUGAGUUGUGGCGAAGACCUCGUUGGCUCUCCUUCCUCAUAUAACUCUUGGUAUCUUCCCAAGAAUUCAAUGGGUGAAUCUCACUACAAGCCUACCCAAUACUACGUCGAUUUGAAUAUUCGAAAUUUGACAGAUGGCGCUCAAGAAGAAGGCAACUUCUACUACGAUGGUACAAGCCAGGUUGAAUUCACGAGCAGCGUAGCUCUCGAUUCCAUCCACAUUCACGUGGACAAAGAGGAGCUCAUGAAAAUCACUGGAUACGUUGUAAGAGCAAAUGGAAAAGUCGUUCCCGUCCGAAAAACUGACCACAAUUCUAACCGAUUCCUUUUCUCAUUUUAUUUGGAUGCAACAAUUCCUGCUGAAACACCCAUUUCACUGAUCAUGAACUAUAACGUCCAGCUUACUCCUGCUACCGAAGGCCUUUACCUCAGCAAUUACGAAGACAAAAACACUGGCGAAACACUCUAUCUUCUUGCUACUCAGUUUGAAUCUACUCAUGCUAGAGAAUGUUUCCCCUGCUUUGAUGAGCCCCAGCUCAAGGCGCAAUUCAAAUUUUCGAUUGAGUUUGACCUAGGCAAAAGACAAGAUUACACUGCAAUUUAUAACAUGGAUGUUGAAAACAGCGUUGCUUUACCUAAUAAUCGCCGGAGGAACUACUACUUUAAUAGCAUGCCAAUGCCGACCUACUUGAUCGCCAUUCUUGUUAGCCCAUUCAAUACAGAGUCAAAAGGUAUUUCUCCAGGAAUAAAUGCCGGUGUUCGUAUCCUUGGAAGACCAGAAUGGAAGGAUGAUACAACAUAUGCACUAAAUGAAGCCAAGAGUAUAGUCGAUAAUUUCUCAAAUUAUUUCGACUGGGACUAUUGCCACGCUUUCAAAGAAAAUCCUCAGAAUGAUGCUCUUGGAGAGCUUAUCUGUAAAACAGAUCAAACCGGAAUCCCGCAGUUCCGAUCUGGUGCCAUGGAGAACUGGGGUCUCAUAACAUACCGCGAGUACUAUCUUCAUUACAACCCUCAGCGAGACAACAAUCUUGUACGAAGAACCGUCACAAGAAUCGUUGGCCACGAGCUCAUCCACCAAUGGUUUGGUAAUCUCAUUACUUGUAAAUGGUGGGAUGAGAUUUACAUCAAUGAAGCUUGGGGAUCGAUUGGAGGAUAUCUCGGUCUUCAACAAGCUGAAUCGAAUGCUAAUGUUGAAUACGAAUGGGAAGAUGAAUACCUAACGACCCAGGGAUACACCGGUUUCACUUAUGAUGGCAGAAACACAAGCCGUCCAAUGGUCAACAAUGCCAACAACGGUCUUCUUAAAGUUGAAACACCUAAUGAAAUUAGCAUUCAAUUCGAUAGUAUUGCUUACAACAAAGCUGGUAGCGUCAUGAUGAUGAUCAGAGAAGUCAUUGGCCAAGAUAAAUGGCAGAAAGGUCUCAGAAAAUAUCUGAAAGAUAAUCAAUAUACAAACCCAACUUGGAGAGAGCAGCUUCUUGCUUGGGAUCAAGUUGUUCCAGAUUUCAAAACGAAUGCAAUUUACGGCGAAAAUGAUAUCAACAAACCAGAAAAUAUCACAGAAGCUUUCAAGCCAUAUUUCUUACAAAUGGGUUAUCCUCUCUUGAAAAUUGAGAAAAAUACAGGAAACAAGUACACAAUCAAGCAUUCUCGAUUCAUGAGUAAUGAAGGAGACCUCUCUAAACCAGACAGUGACUUUGGCUACCAGUGGAACGUUCCGGUCAUUUACACGAAUUCAGCAGGUGGUGAUAGAAAAAUUCAAUGGAUAAAAACAGCGUGUAAAGAAACCAUUACAACUUUGACCCUCUUUGAAAACGCUAUCAUCGAUCCCAAUGCUAAUACAUGGCUUCGAAUCAAAUUCUCUGAUGCUAUCCUCUCUGACUAUGCCAAAAACGACCAAGUAAACAAGCGUCAAGCCGCAAAAAUUGCCCAAGAUGCUUACCAAAUGGCUGUUUCGCCACGAUACAACGGAGUCGUCAAAUAUGCAGAUGUUAUGCAGGCAACAAAGCUUUUUGCCAAGUUCCCAGCUGAAAAGCAAAACUGGAUCGUUUACCGAGAAAUGACCUACUUGAAUACUUUUGCUUCUCGCCUAGUUGCUGCAACAAUGGACGAAGACUCAACUACCGGCCAGGCAGAAUUCGCAGAGGCUUUUAGAAGCUACAUGUUUGACCUGGCGAAUAACAAUGCUAUCCAUGAUCCAUUAGACGAUUACAACGUUAAUGCAGAACGAUGUUACCCUGAUGAAGAUGAAGGCCAUGCCCGUGAUGAGUCGAAGGCACGAAUGGCUCCAUAUGUAACGCAAACGCAACUCUACUACGCUCCAACUAGUGAAACUUUCUUUGAUCAAGCAGAACGACUGGCCAAUAAGCUUGUUAAUGGAGCACUUCCAUUCUUGGAGCAAUCUGCUGAUACAAGACCGGACACUUUUAUCGGUGCAGUCAUCAAAGAAGAAUCGGCUUUUAUAAACGACCCUGUUGAUGCCCCUGUUAUAAACCAUUUUGUCAACGAGCUUCAAUCUCAGACUAAUACUGACUUCAAAUGCUCAAGUACUCAAUUGAGCUACCCACUCUACAGUACUCAAAAGAAUCUCAAUUGUGAGCUUCAUCGAUACUGGAACGCUCUACUGUCCAUUCGAACAAGAAAUGGCUAUUACAAGCUUUACAAAAUGCUACCGGUCGAACUUCAGCCAGUUUAUACUGUGGACGCAGCGGCAAACAAGUAUCUUUACCGUUUCAUUGUUGAUUCUUUUGCAACUAAAAAGACAACACAAGAAGUAAAAGAUUACCUACAAACUCCUGGACGGCUUAACAGUCUGAUUUCGAAUUCGUGUUCUUACAUGACCAUUCAAUCCGACUACGAUCUUCAAAAUAGCUGGUCAGACGAAUUACUUGACUGGACCGAUGAUUCUGGAGUCAAUAUCAGAGAAACACGUGAUAAUUGCUUGCUCAACAUUCUCAGUCGAGCAUCAAGCUUCGAGCAAGACUACAUAAGUGUCCGAGAAUGGCUUCGAGCAGAAACUUCAGCAACCUGGGGAACUGACACAAUUCAAUUCGCAAAACCUUGA